GAAUUCGGAUGAUGUGAUGUGAUGGGACCACGGAUCUCGACGGAUAACUCGAUAACUACCAGCUACAAGUCACCAUCUACAUCCUUCACUUUCUUCUAGAUAACGAUACCACGCACACAUACACCUCGUUCCACUGUCUCAUACCAAACAAACAAAUCUUGAAAUACUAAACAAAAUGGACGGACGACCCGCUACCGAAUACGCUUCUUGGCAAAAGCUGCAAAAGAUCUACGACGAGCAACACGCCUCGCUCACCCUCAAGGACUUGUUCGCCCAGGAUGCCUCGUCUGGCUCUCGAUUUGAGACCUUUUCUCGACUCUACCAGUCCCCUUCGUCCGGAGAACAGGACAAGAUCCUGCUCGACUAUUCAAAGAACUUGAUUACUCCCGAGAUCUGGUCGACGUUGCUCAAGCUCGCCGAGGAGGCCAAGGUGCCCGAGUUCAGGGACGCCAUGUUCAAGGGAGAACACAUCAACACGUCCGAGGGCCGGGCCGUCUUGCACGUCGCCCUCCGAAACGUCUUCCCCCAGGCUGGUGGUCAGUUUGACAUCAAGGAGGAAGGCGCCGACGAGGUCAAGGAGGUCUUGGACCACAUGAAACAGUUUUCCGAUGCCGUCCGUUCGGGCGAGUGGAAGGGAUACACCGGCAAGUCCAUCACCGACGUCGUCAACAUCGGUAUCGGCGGUUCCGACCUCGGCCCCGUCAUGGUCACCGAAGCCUUGAAGCCCUACUCUAAGCGAGACUUGAAGAUGCACUUUGUCAGCAACGUCGAUGGUUCUGAUAUCGCCGAGGUCUUGAAGGAAUGUGACGCCGAGAGGACCUUGUUCAUCGUCGCCAGUAAGACGUUUACCACCCAGGAGACCAUGACCAAUGCCGAGUCGGCUAGGGACUGGUUCUUGUCCAGCGCCAAGGACAAGGAACACGUCGCCAAGCACUUCGUCGCCCUCUCCACCAACACCUCCGCCGUGACCUCGUUCGGGAUCUCUUCGUCGAACAUGUUCAAAUUCUGGGACUGGGUCGGCGGACGAUACUCGCUCUGGUCCGCCAUCGGUCUCUCCAUCGCCUUGUCGAUCGGGUACGAGAACUUUGAGCAGCUCUUGUUGGGUGCCCACGAGAUGGACAGGCAUUUCAAGGAGACCAAGUUGGAGGACAACUUGCCGGUCAUCUUGGCCCUCGUCGGAAUCUGGUACAACGACUUCUACGGCGCCCAGACUCAGGCUUUGUUGCCUUACGACCAGUACUUGCACAAGUUUGCCGACUACUUCCAGCAGGGAGACAUGGAGUCGAACGGAAAGAGCGUGACCAAGGCGGGUGACGUUGUCGGAUACCAGACCGGGCCCAUCAUCUGGGGACAGUCCGGUACCAACGGUCAACACGCCUUCUACCAGCUCAUCCACCAGGGAACCAAGUUAAUUCCUUGCGACUUCUUGGCGCCCGUCGAGACGCAGAACAAGAUCGGAAACCACCACAGCAUCUUGUUGUCCAACUUCUUCGCUCAGCCUGAAGCCCUCGCCUUCGGAAAGACCGAGGAACAGGUCAUCGAGGAGCUCGGACCUGAACAGGCCAAGAACGAUGCUCUCGUCAAGAGCAAGAUCUUUGCCGGCAACAAGCCUACCAACUCGAUCAUGUUCCAGAAGCUCACCCCCAAGACUCUGGGUAGCUUGAUCGCUCUUUACGAGCACAAGAUCCACGUCCAGGGUGCCAUCUGGGGAAUUAACUCGUACGACCAGAUGGGUGUCGAGCUCGGAAAGGUCUUGGCCAAGAAUAUCUUGGCUCAGCUGGGAGAUGCCGACAAGGUCAAGGGUCACGACAGCUCGACUACCGGUCUCAUCCACUUUUUCCAGAAGAACAGGAAGUGAAUCGUGGCGUCCGAUCAGAUCAAGAGCAACUUGUAGCUAGACGUGAAUGUCCCUGAUUAACGAUAAUUCGCGAAACAAAAAG